AUGGCGAGCCGUGUCUCACUUUCCUCGACGACCCGUGGCACAACGACGCCCAACAGCUGUCCCUGCUGCUCCUCGUCCUCCCGCCGCCGCCGCCGUCGUUCUGGAUCUGCCUCGUCCUACUCAUCCUCGUCAUCCGCGUCGCACAAUAACCGCUCCAUGUCGCUCCGCGCCGGCAUCAUGACGGUACUCGUCGCAGGCGCCGCCGCCGCGACGCAGCAGUGGCGGCCACCCGCGCCAGCGUCCACCCCGACGAUACCUUCCUGGACCAACCCCGAAGUCGACCAGCCACCGUCCAACCAUGUGCGCGUGCCCGCGCCAAUGACGCUGACACAUUUCACGCGGCAGCUCGAUCUGGUCCGGCGAGAUCCUGACGCUGUGAUUGAGAUACGAGGCACAGCGGUUGCGGCGUCUAGCGAUUCUGCCUCGUCUUCAUCAGCAUCAUCAGCAUCAUCAGCAUCAUCUUCGGCGACGCCUACUUCGUCCUCGCCUUCCUCCUCUUCCACAUCCUCGCCUCUCCCCUUGCCAUUCGACGACGCCCCCACGUCGAUAUUCAAAAGCAGCAGCAGCACAACCGGCGCCUGCCCCAACUUUAUGAAGAAGCUGCUCGACGACGCCACCUUUAAAAAGUGCUACCCGCUCUCCAUGAUGCUACGAACAUCCACCUCCUUCUUCCAGGCCUCCAAAUCCCUCGUCAGCAUCGUCCGCGUCCUCGACGCCACCUGCGCCGCCGACGUCGCCCAGUGCGACACCUUCCUCACCCAGGCCGCCAAGAAGAUGCUCGACGCGUCCAACUGCAAAACGGAGUACGACGCCGACCAGGGGCAGGUCACCGAGGCCUUCAACGGCCUGCGCGCCUACAAGGUGCUCUACGCCGCCACCUGCCUGCAGAACCCGGCCACGCAAAACUACUGCUUCGCCAGCGCCGUCACAAACGUCACCAAUCCCUCCGACAUCUUCUUCUACUCCAUGCCCCUCGGCCUGCCCCUGCCCGGCGGCUCCACGCCCUCGUGCGGCCCCUGCACCACCCAGACCAUGGCCAUCUUCCAUGCCGCCACGAGCGAUCGCUCCCAGAAGAUUUCCUCGACCUACAGGGAUGCUGCGCGCCAGGUGAAUACUAUUUGCGGACCAGGCUUUGUCAAUGACACGGCCACGUCGGGCGCUGGACGAGGCGUCGCCCCUCCCGACGCUGUGACGACGCUCGCGACCGUCUUGUUUGCCACGCUCUUGGGCUUGACUGCCAUGGCAUGGUAA